AUGGUGAAAAGAAAAUACGAAGUUAGUAUAGAGAAUGAACCUAAUGGCAAUUAUAGAAGAUUUGUUGUGAUUCCAAACCACUACAGGCGUUCAUGGCUCGUGAAUCUAACCUUGUUUCUUAUCGUGAAUGCAUCAGCGUUUUGGAUCGUGAGCAAAUACGUUUUAACGACACCGACGAAAAGGGCUAUGAUUCAAAGCGCCAUUGUUUUUGCCUCACUUUUCUUCCUGAGGAAUCCUACUAUUGAAUCUUUCUAUGUGUUUCGAAGCAUCGGUGUGCAGAUAUCAAGCAUGAGUGGUUGCAUUCUUUUACCGCUGUCCCUAAACUACAAAUUAUUAGAGCAAAACGAGUUCAUUCCACUGGAUUUAAUCGGUGACAUAAUAAUCAAUGAAGGAUUUUAUAAGGGCUUCAAGGUAAUAUUCUAUAUCGCCGUUGUCAGAAAAGAAGCACGAUCUUUACAACUGAUUUUUAAGGUACGUUUGACUUGA